AUGAGGGUCCUUCCCGUCUGCCUUCAUCUCUACUUCGUUUCUUUCUUAUUCAGUGGAGCACAUGGAUUCCUAACGUGGAGAAUACCCACAGCCUUCCCAGUAGUUUAUAACUACUCCUAUUCCAACCUCUCCUCUGUCUCAGAAGCACAAGCCCCCAAAACAGCAAGAGCUCUCAAUUUCUCACAUAACGUCAUCGAAAAAGUAACCAAGAGGGACUUAGAAGGUUUUGAGGCGCUGGAAGUUCUGGACCUUUCCUACAAUCGGAUUCGGGAUGUUGAGCCCAGUGCACUCCAGAGCCUGCUCAGCCUGGUUUCUGUGAAUUUGUCAUUCAAUGACGAGAAGCUGCUUCUGUCAGGUCUCCCACCCCACCUGGAGCUCUCAGCCACUGGCAACGCCUCGGGGUCUUUGCAGCUUUCCAAGCAUCCUGGCAAGUCCCCAGAGGCUGCUCCGGAGCCUUCUGUGCCCACCGAGGAGCCGCCACCUUCCAGACAUCCUCCUGUCCUGGAAAACCUUAACCCCAGGCUCAGGCGGAGCGCUGGGGAUCUUCUCCGGAAGGGAGGGACAAACACAACAGUGUUUCCAGCGUUUCCAACAGCCACACCGAGGCCCAGCCUCUGCGGAACUCCGAUCAACGGGACACUGGAUCUGUCCCACAGAAACCUCUCCGAGGACGAGCUGAUGCUAAAACUGGAUGAGGACGCCUGCCAAGCUGAGCUGGCCAGCGUUCUGGAGCUUGACAUCAGUCACAACGACCUGAAAAUGGACCUCGUGUCGCUGUUCGUCCUGUUCCUGCCGAUGGAAAACGUGCGGUCGAUCGACGCCAGCUCCAGCAAUUUAACCAUCAACAUCCUGGAUGUGGGGGCCAUCUGCAAGUUCCCAUUCCACCAGCUCUUCUUCGUCAACAUCAGCCACAACCCCAUCAACAGCCUGGACACGCUGUGCCUCCCUUCCACCAUCAAGGAAAUCGACUUGUCCUUCACCAACAUCAGCCAAAUCCCCCGGAAUUUCGCUGCCAAACUGCUUAACUUGGAAAACAUGUACGUCCAAGGAAAUCACUUCAUCUACACGGCCUCUCCGCACAGCGGGAACGCACUUCCAACGUGUGUCCCUCCCCCUGGGACCGUGCACAUCGAAGCCAUUUCCCUUGUCAGGACCCAGUUCGGGACACCCAUUGAAAGCCUUCCCAAGAAAGUGAAACACCUGGGCAUGUCCAACUGCUCCAUCGUGGAGCUGCCGGAGUGGUUUGCUGACACCAUGGAAGAAUUGCUAUUUUUGGACCUCAGCCACAACCGCAUCUCUGCGCUUCCCAACUUCCCUCCCUCCCUGAGGCACCUCGACAUCAGCAACGGCGACAUCAGGGUCAUCCCCCCCAGCCUGAAAUCCCUCUCCAACUUAACAAUGUUUAACAUCCAAAACAACAAAAUCACGGAGAUGCACGUGGAGUAUUUCCCAUCGGCUCUGAAAACCUGCGACAUCAGUAAAAACAGGUUGAAGGUGCUGUCCUUAACCAAGGCCCUGGGGAACCUGGAACACCUCAACGUUUCUGGGAACCUGAUUGCCCGGCUGGAAACCACCGACCCCCUCCCUGUGCUCACCAGCCUGGACAGCAGCCACAACCUCAUCCCAGAGCUGCCCGACAGCCUCGGGGAUUCCCUCCUGGCGCUGAAGUAUCUUAAUUUAUCGGGGAAUAAGAUCUCCUUUCUGCAGCGUGGCUCCCUCCCAGCCUCUCUGGUGGAGCUGGACAUCAGCGACAACGCCAUCACCACCAUCGUGGAGGACACGUUCGGCCCGCUGACGAGCCUCAGGGUCCUGACUGUCCAAGGGAGACACUUCUUCUGCACCUGUGACUCCUACUGGUUCGUGAACGUCUACAUCCACCAGCCCCAGCUGCAGAUCAGGGGCAGGGGGGAUGUGAGGUGCAGCUUCCCCCCGGACAGGAGGGGCUCCCUGGUGGAGAGCAGCCGCCUGACGCUGCUGCGCUGCUCCCUGGGGCUCCAGCUGGGAAUCACCGCCGGCACCGCCGCCCUCGCCGUGCUCCUGCUCACAGCCCUGUGCUGGCACUUCCACGGGCUCUGGUACAUCAGGAUGGGCUGGUACUGGUGCAUGGCCAAGAGGAGGCAGUACGAGAAGAGGCCUGAGAACAAGCUCUACGACGCCUUCAUCUCGUACAGCGAACACGACGCCGCCUGGACCAAAGAGAACCUGCUGGAGAAGCUGGAGAACGACGGGUUCAAGAUCUGUUACCACGAGAGGGAUUUCAAACCGGGGCACCCCGUGCUGGGGAACAUAUUUUACUGCAUAGAGAACAGCCACAAGGUCCUGUUUGUCCUCUCCCCCAGCUUUGUGAACAGCUGCUGGUGUCAGUACGAGCUGUACUUCGCCGAGCACCGGGUCCUGAAUGAGAACCUGGAUUCCCUCAUCAUGAUCGUGCUGGAAGACCUCCCGCCCCACAGCGUCCCACAGAAGUUCAGCAAGCUCAGGAAGCUGCUGAGAAGGAAAACCUACCUGAAGUGGAGCCCUGAGGAGCACAAGCAGAAGCUGUUCUGGCAUCAGCUGAGAGCGGUCUUAAGGACAACCAACGAACCCCUCGUGAGAGCAGAGAACGGAGCCGCUCAGGAGAUGUACGAGCUGGAAUGAGACCUGAGGAACUGGGAAGGUUGUGCCUGGAAAGCCUGUGGUCAAACAGAAGUGUUUACCUCCUGCAAAGGUCCAGUGGUGCCACAGGGUUUGCCUGGAUCAGCCCCAGGAGAGGUCACUGGCGGCACUGUCGCACCUGCGUUAUUCCCUCUGAUAAAGGAAUCCCGAAGGGAUGAGACCCAAGUGCUGAGAAACAGCCUUUUCUUCCCAGGUGCUUGAAUUUCUCCAGCUAUUUCCAGCAUUUCUGCAAGUGCAGUGGAUGCCACCUGAAGGGAAGAACAGCUCAGGUCACACUGCAUGUCCUCGCUGCUUUUUGAGGUGGUUGCAGUGAUAAGGGAUGUAAAGAUUCCCAGAGUAAAGAUUCCUGGUUCCAGGACAGCCUAAGGUGGGAACACACCUGUGUGCAGGGAAGAAAGCCACAAGCCAGGCUGGCA